GGAUCAGGGCCCGCUGUCUUUGGAGCGCGUGCAACCGGAGCCGUCGACACACCUUCUUGCCGUAACAGCGUGCACAAGGAUGACGCUAGCUCGCUGCGUCCCAGAGCUUAUCGCCCAUCGCAAUGCACAGCUCGUCUCGGCUGUCGUCGCUACUCUCCGGCGCCACCAAGACGAAUGUCACGAGCGCGCGAGACGGCGACUUUGACGUUCCAACUGAUCCGCAUUCCGACCCUCAUGGACGGAAGAGCGAGGUAGGGAAGAAUGUUGGUGAAUGGAUGAGGUCAUACUGCCGUCCAUUUACGAUCCGAGGUUUGCACACGGGGGCUUCCUAUUUGCCCGUGGCAUUUGCGGAACCUGUGGGAACGCUUUCACACCGCGGAGCUGGACCUAUGCCCCCCGUGUGGGCCUGCGACAAUACCCAUUCCGGGUACGAGGAUUGAUCUACCGGACUGCCUUUCUGCGGUCCACUCUUCCCUGGGCGGACGCGCAAGAUGCACACUCAAGAUCUCUCAUUCCGUGCCUGCUUCGCGCUCAUGGAAUGGAUAAAGGCCGGAUGAACCCUGGUCGGAUUCGACUGACCCCUCCCCGUCCCGUGCAGCGAUCUGUGUAUUAGACACAGCUACUAGCCUUCGCGACUCCCAACAUCCGUCGCACGUCUAUCAACUGCCCGCCACCGCCAUCAUGUCCCCCGACCCCCGCACCCCCGCACCCGCCUACGACGAUGCUGAAAAGGGCACUCUCGACCAGGUCAAUGUCUACCCUGUCGACAAGAAGCCCCUCAGCUUCCCUGCGGACGAGAAGAAGGAUAUCUUUCCUGAUGAGAAGAAGGCGCUCGCCCCCUUCACCGCACCUGCGACAAAGCAGGAUCCCUUCGCGUCGAUGAAAGCGACUGGAAAGAAGAAGCCGGCGUCCAAGGCCACCAUCGUCAAGCUUUGGUACAACACAUAUCGCAAACUCUUCACUAUUGCCUUCUCGAUUAAUAUGAUCAUGUUCGGCUUCGCCGUCUCCGGCCAUUGGCCAUACGCACGAAAGUUCGCUGGCGCGUUCGCUGUUGCCAACUUCAACUUCUCCAUCCUCAUGCGCAACGAAAUCUUCGGCCGAUGUCUAUACUUGAUCGUCAACACACUGUUUGCGAAGUGGACUCCUCUGUGGUGGCGUCUCGGUUGCACCUCCGUCCUACAGCAUCUCGGUGGUAUCCACUCCGGUUGCGCCAUCUCCGGCAUUAUCUGGUUGACAUUCAAGGUGGUCUUGACAUACGAGAACCACCUAAGCGAGAACAACGCCAUCCUCGCCCUCGGGCUGUUGACUAACGUCGCCGUCGUCGUCACCGCAAUCUCGGCAUUCCCGUGGGUGCGCAACACUCACCAUAACGUGUUCGAGCGGCACCACCGCUUCGUCGGUUGGACUGCGCUGUUGAUGACUUGGGCAUUCACGAUCAUGGGCGACAUUUACGACACGAAGACGAGGCAGUGGGUUCCCGAUGGCCGCCAUCUGGUCCGCCAGCAGGACUUCUGGUAUGUCAUGGGCAUGACGACUUGGAUUGUCCUCCCCUGGAUCUGCACGCGCGAGGUUCCCGUCGACAUCGAGCUGCCGUCACCCAAGGUAGCCAUUGUACGCUUCCGCCGUGGGAUGCAGCAGGGAUUGCUCGGCCGCAUUAGUCGUAGCGCUGUGAAGGAGUACCACGCUUUUGGUAUCAUUUCGGAGGGCACACAUGCGAAGUACCACUACAUGAUCUGUGGUGUGCAAGGUGACUUCACACGCAGCCUCGUUAACGACCCACCUCGGACGCUUUGGACGCGUGAACUGAAGUUCGCCGGUGUGUCCAACACCUCCACCCUGUACAAGCGUGGUAUCCGUAUCUGCACGGGUACCGGAAUCGGCGCCGCCCUGUCGACAUGUAUCCAAUCGCCUUACUGGUAUCUGAUCUGGAUCGGCUCCGACCAAGAGAAGACGUUCGGCCCGACGAUCAGCGGCCUUAUCCAUCGACACAUUGAGCCUGAGCGGCUGCUGCUCUGGGACUCGAAGGUGCGCGGUGGGCGUCCCGACACUAUGAAGAUCCUGAAGCAGGUCUACCAUGACUGGAAUGCCGAAGUCGUGUUCAUCACUUCCAACUACAUCGGAAACUCGGAGAUGAUGGAGGGAUGCAAAGAAGCUGGUAUCCCGUGCUUCGGUACGCUUUGGGAUUUCUGAACGUGUCGUACACGUCUCUCGCAUCUACGCCGUACUCUCGUGGUAAUAGACGGCGAUGAACUAUCUGGUUGGGCGCUGGUCUCUCUGUACAUACUCCUAACAUUAACAUUGUGUAUCCCCAAUGUCAUCCCCCACAUACGCUGCAUGUCUCAUUACUUUAUUCUGCAUACAAUAGAGUUCCGAUGUUAUUUCAC